AUGAUCAAUGUCAAGGUCUCCGACACCCCCAAAGAUGUCGUUGUUACCUCUAGGACUAGGCGGAUUGGCCAACACUCAGUCCAGUCAGUAAAAUUUGGCCAGCCAUUACUGGUGAAUGAGAGUCUGGACGAAAAUUAUGAAACGUGUCAUGAAGAGCUGGAGGAAACACAAGAUGAAUCACUCUUGUCAGUGGAUGAGCUCGGUCAUGAACUGAAUUCAUCUAUUGACAGGGAUGUCAAGGAAAUACUAGCAAAUGUAGCUAGCCUGGUGACCCUUAUCCAUAUAAAAUCAAAGAAAUUCACUGCUGUAGUAGAUACUGCUGCUCAAGUAUCUGUGAUGAACCUUCAACGCGCAAGAGAAUUAGGACUUGACAUUGACGACAGCCAACCAGCCCCAGCAGAGGAACUGGAUCUGCCUGAUCACUUCUGUGAUUCACAUGUUGUACAUCUUGGCUUAAGUGGCAAUCCUUUCUACUGUACAUGCGAUCUUGUAUGGUUUCGAGGCUGGAUACACAAAAAUUCUCAAAAGCUCGUGGAGUGGCCUUCCAAUUACACCUGUAGUCUUCCCAAGGAAUGGGUGGAUAAAAGUUUAGUGGAUUUCCAUUUAGAUUUUUCAUUUUGCCAUCCGCCCAAUCCGUACAUCAUUGUGGCAAUUUCUGUAUCAAUUGUCCUGCUGCUGACCGUCAUUAUAUCUAGUGUAUUGUAUCAGAAACGAUGGCAAAUCAAGUAUCAUCUGUAUCUUCUACGCGCAAAGAGAAGAGGAUAUGAUAGUAUAGGACACAGUGAAUUUGUGUACGAUAUUUUUGUUGCAUAUAACCAUGCAGACAGUAUAUGGUUUAUUUCAGAAUUGAUACCACGGCUAGAAAAACAAGAAAAGCUGAAACUCUGCUUACAUGAGAGAGAUUUUGAAAUCGGCAAGCUCAUUGUGGACAAUAUCAUAGAUACAGUACAUAACAGCCGAAAAGUUUUAAUCAUCCUGUCCAACGCAUUUGCCCGAAGUCAGUGGUGUCAGUUUGAAUCCACCUUGGCGCAGUCACGAUCUAUGAAUAAUGGGGAACGUUCUGUGAUCGUAAUAGUAAAAGAAAGUAUUAACAUUAAAAAUAUGAAUAAGUCCUUAGACGCACUUCUUAAAACUACAACCUUCAUAGAGUGGCCAAAUGACAAGACUGCAAAAGAUAUGUUCUGGAACAGAGUUGUGUCUGCUGUUAAAUCUUAG